GUCAAAAAGCGGAGUUCCUUGGGAUCAAUGGCAGAGAACAGACUUUGUUCUCUUCUCCUUUCUCUCCUCAUUACCAUCAUCAUCUCGCGUUCUCCACAAUCACUCGCAUCACCAACCUACAGGUACCCACGAUUCCUUGGAAAGUUCUCAGGUCAAACGAAACCGCACCCUCAGAUUCAGCCACAAUACGAAACCCAAUAUUUCGAGCAGCGUCUUGAUCAUUUCAGUUUCGCGGACCUCCCCAAAUUUCGGCAGCGUUAUCUUAUCAACACUAAGGACUGGGUCGGUCCUCAGCGCUUGGGUCCUAUUUUCUUUUACUGCGGCAAUGAAGGGGAUAUUAUCUGGUUCGCUGCCAAUUCUGGCUUUAUUUGGGAAAUCGCACCUCAGUUCGGUGCCAUGGUUGUUUUUCCCGAACAUCGAUACUAUGGCGAAUCUGUGCCAUUCGGAAGUAAAGAAGAGGCAUAUAAGAAUGCUACUACACUGUCAUACCUUAAUACAGAGCAGGCGCUUGCUGACUUUGCCGUUCUGCUUACCGAGCUGAAGCAAAAUUUAUCUUGCAAGGAUUGUCCCGUUGUGCUGUUUGGCGGAUCAUAUGGUGGAAUGUUAGCAGCAUGGAUGAGACUCAAAUAUCCUCAUAUUUCAAUUGGAGCACUCGCUUCUUCGGCUCCAAUUCUUCAAUUUGAAAACAUUGUGCCCCCCGAAACAUUUUAUGAUAUCGUUUCGAAUGAUUUCAGGCGUGAAAGUUCUAGCUGCUUUAACUAUAUAAAGCAGUCCUGGAGUGAGCUAAAAUCUAAGGGUCAGACAAAUAAUGGCCUUGAGGAACUCACGAAAACUUUUGGCUUUUGUCGGCAAUUGAAGAGAACAGAGGAUCUUUCAGACUGGUUGGAGUCUGCCUAUAGUUAUUUGGCAAUGGUGAACUAUCCAUAUCCUGCUGACUUUAUGAUGCCUUUGCCUGCACACCCCAUCAGGGAGGUUUGCAAAAGGAUUGAUGAUUGUCCUGCUGGAACUAGCAUUUUGGAGCGCAUAUAUGAAGGAGUGAAUGUCUACUACAACUAUACAGGAGACGCUAAAUGUUUUGAACUGGAUGAUGAUCCUCAUGGCUUGAGUGGCUGGAACUGGCAGGCUUGCACCGAGAUGGUUAUGCCAAUGUCUAGUAGCGAGGAGUUGAGCAUGUUUCCAAAAUUUGACUAUAAUUAUUCUUCUUAUCAAGAGGAAUGCUUGAAGAAUUUUGGAGUGACUCCGAGGCCAAAAUGGGUUACUACAGAAUUUGGUGGCCAUGAUAUUGAUGUUGCGUUGAAGAAAUUUGGUAGUAAUAUAAUUUUCUCAAAUGGCCUAUUGGAUCCAUGGAGUGGUGGCAGUGUUCUGCACAACAUAUCUGAAAGUAUUGUUUCUCUUGUCGCUGAAGAAGGUGCGCACCACAUAGAUUUACGUGCUGCUGGCCCCGAUGAUCCUGAUUGGUUGGUAGAGCAGAGGGCAACUGAGAUCAAGCUAAUAGAAGGCUGGAUUAAUGACUACCACAAACUUAAAAAAGCUACGUAUAGUAUGUAGAUUUAGAUGUCGGUGCUUGUCUGGUUUCAACGUGGUAUCCCUUCUUGCAUCACCACCGUCUGCUUCUAUGGAGGUCUUAAAUCUACACGCGUAGUAGUCUAUGUAAACCUUGGAUGCAUACUUUUGUAAAUAGCUAAUGAAAUAUUUUCCAUAUCAUCUCGUUGGUUCUUUUAAGCUUGUAACUCUUCCUUGAGUACGGCUUUGUUUCACAUUCUUCAGUGAUUAUUGUGGGUGCUUUUUUAUUUUC